AGGAGGGGUCCCGGGGCACAGAUCUCGCAGUGUCCGGCCGGGGCAGCUCCUUCCCGGGGCUUGCUGGCAGCGGCCCCCUCCCGGGAGCUAAGCGCAUUCCGGCGGCUCGGCGCUCCGGGCAGCCCCAUGGCGCCCCCGGGCUGGUGAGGGGCCGGCGGCUCCGGCUCCCCCGGCCGAGGAGAUGGCCCUGGAGCGGGCUCUGCUCGCCGCUCGCCAGGGGGACGUGGACACCCUGAAGUCCCUGCAGGCGGCGGGGCUGCUGCGGCCGGGGCUCCGGGACCCGCUGGGCGCCUCGCCCGCUCACCACGCCGCCCGGGCCGGCAAGCUCAACUGCCUGCGCUACCUGGUGGAGGAGGCGGCGCUGCGGGGCAAUAGCCGGGCCCGCAACGGGGCCACCCCGGGCCACGACGCGGCGGCCACCGGCAACCUGGCCUGUCUCCAGUGGCUGCUGACCCAGGGAGGCUGCUGCGUUCAGGACACAGACAAUUCCGGUGCCACUAUCCUGCAUCUCGCAGCCCGCUUUGGUCACCACGAAGUAAUAGACUGGCUACUGCGAUUUGGAGCCAGCGACCCGAUGAUAGCCACGGACACAGGAGCGUUACCUGUUCACUAUGCUGCAGCCAAAGGAGAUUUCCCUUCAUUGCGACUUCUCUUAGGGCACUGUCCAAACAGUGUUAGUGCCCAGACCAAGAAUGGUGCCACUCCCCUCUACCUAGCCUGCCAGGAAGGCCACCUGGAAAUCAUACAGUACUUGGUGAAGGACUGCGGAGCAGAUCCCCACGUGCGCGCCAACGAUGGUAUGACCCCGCUCCACGCGGCUGCUCAGAUGGGCCACAACACCGUCAUCGUCUGGCUGAUGAGCUUCACCAGCAUCAGCCUGUCGGAGCAGGAUGACGACGGCGCGACGGCCAUGCAUUUUGCUGCCAGCCGCGGCCACGCCAAAGUGCUGAGCUGGCUGCUCCUGCACGGGGGAGAGAUCACCACCGACCAGUGGGGGGGGACGCCGCUGCACGACGCCGCUGAGAACGGAGAGCUGGAGUGCUGUCAGAUCCUCGUGGUGAAUGGUGUCAACUUGGGGCUCCGUGACCAGGAUGGCUACACGGCCGCUGACCUCGCUGAUUACAACGGGCAUAGCCACUGCGCCAAGUACCUCCGCACCGUCGAGAACAUGAGCGUGGAGCACAGAGUCCUGUCCCGAGACCCCUCGGCCGACCUGGAGUUCAAACAGCCCGAUUCCGGCAUGUCUUCCCCCAACACGACCAUGUCUGCGCAGCAGGCGCACUUCGACCUCGGGUCGCCAACCAGCACCCUCUCCAACUACGAUUCCUGCAACUCCAGCCAAUCAAGCACUGGGGAGAAGAGGAGCAGCCAGCCCGGGGGCGAAGGCUCAAGGGGACCCGAGACGACAAUCACGGACAUGCAGACGUACAUGGACAUGCUCAACCCCGAGAUCCGGCCGAGCGAUGGCAAAAGGGAGGGCGAGGCGCCCCUGCCACCUCCCCCUAGCUUCCCCCCUCCUCCUCCUCCACCCCCCAACCCCAAGCUUCCCCCGCCUCCUCCCGGCUACCCAGCGCCAGAGCCCCCCGAGGCCCAGCACACGGCAGAGAUGUAUGUGCAAGCGAAAAACAACCUGCGCCACGUGGAGAGCGAGGUGCUGAAAAAAGAGUUAUCGUCACACGACAGCACCUCGGAAGGCCUCCGGCGGGUCGACUCCAGCAGGAAAUCGAGGAACUUCAGCAAGCAGCCCAGCACCGGGGAUUACUACAAACACCUCGACAACAGUGCGGGGGAGCAGCCUGGCAGCUGGAAGAUGGCACACAGCGAGGAGGCGUCUCUUCUUUCCAACGACAACGUGCACAAUGGGAGUGCGGCUGAGAACAAGCCCUCUGGGGAGAUGACGCCCCCGCCCCCUCCCCCUCCGCUUCCUGAGAACAUCUGUCCUCCACCCCCGCCCCCUCCACUGCCAACGGAGACUCAGGUGCCCUCUUUCAGCCAGCGCCGCUCGUCCUCUUCCACUGGAAAAGGACAAGCUUUGGGGCACAGAAAGAGAACGAGUUGCAAGUCGUUCAAUAUGAUGUCCCCAACCGGUGACAACUCCGAGCUGCUGGCAGAGAUCAAGGCUGGGAAGAGCCUCAAGCCGACUCCACAGACCAAAGGCCUCACCACUGUCUUCUCAGGCAGCGGCCAGGCGGGGGCCAAUCUAGAGACUGCAGCUUCCUCCCCGCCCCCCGCGAGGACGCUGACCCCACCAACCACGCCCGAUGCAGCCUCCGUCCCCAGGGCCGCCAGCUCCCCUGAGCCGGUCGUCAACGGCAACUCGCCGCUCAUGGCCUUGGUGCAGCCCAGCCAGCUGGACAUCGAGGCCCUGAUCCCCACCCACGACGAGCAGGGGCGGCCCAUCCCCGAGUGGAAGAGGCAGGUGAUGGUGCGGAAGCUGCAGAUGAAGAUUCAGGAAGAGGAAGAGCAAAAGCGCAAGGAGAAGGAAGAAGAAGCUCGCUUGGCCACCAUGCCAGCCUGGAGGCGAGAGAUCCUGCGGAAGAAGAUGGAAGAGGAAAGAGAGCAAAAACGAAAAGAGCAAGAAAAAUUGAAGCGCGAAGAGGAGGCGAAGGAGAAAGCGCAGUCAGAAAAGCUAAGGACUCUUGGGUACGAUGAAACAAAACUAGCCCCCUGGCAAAGGCAAAUUAUCCUCAAGAAAGGGGAUAUAGCAAAGCAUUAGGCGCUCAAUAGUCCCUCUCUCCUCUUGGGAAUUUAAGAACUUUCUUCCUUAACGUGAGCUGUUCAGUAGGUCAAGGAGGGGCCAGCUGCUCUUUCCCACUGCAGACACUACCAGCUGAAAAGUCAUUUACUACUUAAUGGCCUAGCUAGUGUCCAUCCCUCUAAUGAAAUAAAUGCAACAAGGGUAACCACUAACAUCACAGAGAACGCUGUCCCUGUCUAGCAACGCCCUGGUGAGCUGCAUCCAUAAACAACUUAGCUUGAAAGAGUUUUAGGGCAUGGGAAAGGUUUUCAAAAGUGGAACUCACAAGUGAAACUAAGUCAGUGAGUAGCUGUGUAUGGGAUCAAAAGAAACUCCUCCGUGACUGUAAAUAUGGUCGACUCUGUAGACGGUUCUGUUCCACAUAAAACCUUCCCUCCACCUUAAUACUGAACAGCAUUCCUUUAAGUGUCUCCUUGCCCAGCCUUUCCACUCCCUGUCAGUCAUUUGUUUACCAUAAACUAUACUUUUACCAGGAAUAGUGGAGAUCCUACAAGGCUAUGCAGACAAGCUGAAUGUGGGUUUAUGAAUGUUGUGUAUAUAGAGAGCCAGUUGCUACUAGUAUCUGUUCCAUUGGUGCCCUGUAGAUGCUGGCAUAUAGACCAUGCUUGGGUAUCAUUUUGCAAAAUGGACAUUUUAAAAGAAAAUUUAUGGUUAAAAACAGUUCUGUGCCCGUCGGGCUGAUGCGAGCCGUUUCUUCAGCUGCCAUAUUACGUCUAGCCCCUGCUCCUGCAUUGGCACCAUUGCCAUUAGAGCAGGGGGGAAUUGUUCUGUUUUCUAUACGUCUUUGUCACGUGUUUCCUGGAGCUUCUAGAGGGAGAUUUUCAGCUUGUUUCUGACCUAGAACUUCUAUGUCUUCACCAAUAAAACACUAACCACCUCCA